CGUGGAUUACGCUCCCAGGGAUAGUCAAAGCGGAUUCCUUAGGGAGAGAGAGAGAACACAAAUCAGUCCCAUUUUAACAGGAGGAAAAACACGGGAUAUUCUUGCACAAAGGUCCACCUCUCAUCCGUGCAUCCUAGUUCACACGUUUCUGCUGAAGGAGAAAAAAAAAUCCUUCGGCAAAAGAAGGAAGAAAAAAACUUGUCACUGCAUGAUGACACUUGAUCUGCCGGGUCCUUUGAGCUGUACUUGAUCCUAUUGUUUUUUAAACUGACACCAGAUCUUUCCGCGCAGCCUUCUUUCUUAUUCCAGGAGGGACACCUCGAGGGUAUUUUUCCCCCGUUUGGCAGCUCAUUGUGGUUUUCCUUCGGACUGUGGCGAUCCUGGAUUCUGACAGCUGGGGCUUGUUUCCUCGCGUUCAAACACACACCCAGAUCUGCUCCAAAUUGAACCGUUUCCCGCUGAUCUGAACCAAGAGGACAGGAACCCGAAAAAGGUUGAUUUCAUGUUUGGGAUUCAGGAAAGCAUUCAGAGGAGCGGCAGCAGUAUGAAAGAAGAACCCAUCGGGUCCGGCAUGAACGCAGUCCGGACGUGGAUGCAGGGAGCCGGGGUUCUGGAUGCAAGCACUGCCGCUCAGAGCGGAGUGGGACUCGCCCGGGCACACUUUGAGAAGCAGCCGCCAUCCAACCUGAGGAAAUCCAACUUCUUCCACUUCGUUCUCGCCCUCUACGAUCGCCAAGGACAGCCCGUGGAGAUCGAGAGGACCUCCUUCGUGGGCUUCGUAGAGAAAGAAAAAGAAUCAAAUGGCGAGAAAACUAACAACGGAAUCCAUUACAGAUUACAGCUCCUCUACAGCAAUGGAAUCCGGACCGAGCAGGACUUCUACGUGCGGCUGAUAGACUCCAUGACCAAGCAGGCUAUAAUUUAUGAGGGCCAAGACAAGAACCCCGAAAUGUGUCGUGUGCUGCUGACGCAUGAGAUCAUGUGCAGCCGCUGCUGUGACAAGAAGAGCUGUGGCAAUCGAAACGAAACACCCUCAGACCCAGUGAUAAUUGACAGAUUCUUCUUGAAGUUCUUUUUGAAAUGCAAUCAGAAUUGCCUGAAGAACGCUGGGAACCCCAGAGACAUGCGGCGCUUCCAGGUGGUUGUGUCCACAACAAUCAGCGUGGAUGGCCAUGUCCUGGCUGUGUCCGACAACAUGUUUGUACACAACAACUCAAAGCAUGGGCGGAGGGCACGGAGGCUUGACCCCUCGGAAGGUACGCCCUCUUAUCUGGAACAUGCCACCCCGUGCAUCAAGGCUAUCAGCCCCAGUGAAGGCUGGACCACAGGUGGAGCUACCGUCAUCAUCAUUGGGGACAAUUUCUUUGAUGGCCUUCAAGUCAUUUUCGGUACAAUGCUGGUAUGGAGUGAGCUCAUCACUCCACAUGCCAUUCGAGUGCAGACCCCUCCUCGCCACAUCCCUGGGGUGGUAGAGGUCACACUGUCUUACAAGUCGAAGCAGUUUUGUAAGGGCACCCCUGGGCGUUUCAUCUACACAGCUUUGAAUGAACCCACCAUCGACUACGGCUUCCAGCGGCUACAGAAGGUCAUCCCCAGACAUCCAGGCGACCCUGAGCGCUUGCCAAAGGAAGUCAUCUUGAAACGAGCCGCUGAUUUGGUGGAGGCCUUGUACGGCAUGCCUCACAACAACCAGGAAAUCAUCCUGAAACGAGCGGCUGACAUCGCUGAAGCCCUCUACAACGUCCCUCGGAACCACAACCAACUGCCAGCACUCGCCAACACGCCAGUCCAUGCAGGAAUGAUGGGAGUGAACUCGUUCAGCGGCCAGCUCGCAGUCAACGUAUCAGAGUCGACUAAUCAAGGUUUCACUCGGAAUACCAGCAGCGUGUCGCCCCAUGGGUAUGUGCCAAGCUCCACUCCUCAGCAGACAAACUACAACACAGUGACCACGAGCAUGAACGGUUACGGAAAUGCCAGCAUGUCCAAUUUGGGCGGUUCCCCCAGCUUCCUGAAUGGCUCUGCUGCCAACUCGCCAUAUGCCAUUGUGCCAUCCAGUCCCACCAUGGCAUCUUCCACCAGCUUGCCCUCUAACUGUAACAGCUCCUCUGGGAUAUUUUCCUUCUCGCCAGCCAACAUGGUAUCCGCAGUAAAACAGAAGAGUGCCUUUGCCCCCGUGGUGAGGCCGCAGACGUCUCCCCCACCUACCUGCACCAGUGCCAAUGGCAACAGUUUGCAAGAACAUUCUUUUGUGGACUCUAGCAAGUACUCAAGCGCGGGCUCCCUUCCGGGCCUCGCCUUCUCCUGAACGAUUCCUGGAAUGAUUGUCCCUCCGAUGUAGAAGACAGGAACGUGUGGGAAGGAAUCGAGUGAGCCACACUCUGGAACUCAGGCCUUUUCACAAUCGCAGCUGGGCAGUGGCACGUGGGACUGGCGCUGCGGAUCUGCCACCCAUCAUCGGUCUUCUUUGCUUUCUCACGUGGGGGGUUCUCCCGUCAUUUCCCAGCAUUUUCUAAUUUGUAAAUUACUCGAGGGACACUGCGGCAGAGCUUUUGUGUUUUAUUUGUGGCGUUUGUGUGUGAGUGCGACAGGAUAGGGGGUGGUCUCUUGUGAAGGAGGAACAAGGAAAGGGUCAGCGCGGACGGAAACACAUGAAGCCAUGCAGCUGUGGACUCAGCGUGCAGCCAUCCGUAGCCCACCUGACACACAGCCAGCCACAUCAUGAACUGACCCUAACCGGACACACGCACUGACACAUGGGCGCCUAGUAGCGCGCACUCGCCCAGCAUGCGCGUGCACCUUACAAUUGCACUUGACACGCCCACUUUCACAGCUGAGCUGCUAAGGCGCACCAAACACACAGUCCCCCGCGAUCAAUCACUGGCGUCAACUGAAUAAUCGGGGUCCCGUUCUCGUUUAACUGCAUUUCAAGAAAAACACGGUUAAGGUGGCAACUCUUUACAAGUUCAUAGAAUGACUCCAAGAUGGGGUGAGCGCACCCUUUUAAAAGGUCGAUCUUACAUCGUGCACGUGACGGUUAGUUCAAGCUUGCUUUAUGGCUGAAUUUCGGAUGAGCCUCUCAGUCUUUAGUUCAGCUAAAGCAAUAAGACAAUAGAUACAUAUUCAACAAAAUACACCUAUCAGGAAAGUGGGAUGGCGAUAUGUAAACUUAGACCGCCUCGAGAACCUUUUCGCAUGGAAUCGUUGAUAACGAGCCUGUUACACGCUUGGUACGCGGACGCACAAUCCCACCAAAGACCCGCGCCCCAAUACCGUCACACCUUGAACAAUUGCACAUGCGACAAAAAUAAAAAACACAAGGUGCCACCAAAGCCGCGCGCACCCUGAGGCUCAGUUGUCCAUGGCGGGCUGCGCCAGCGCUUACCCUACCCCUGACCCUCGGCCUUGCUAGCUGAUGUGCCACUUUCCCAAGAGGGACAUACGCUGCUACUGCUGCCACGAAUUGUUUAUAUUGUAGGUUUUGUGAUUUAUUUUUUAUUUUAUUUUGCCAAAGUUAUUGUUAAAUUCUAUUUAUACAUUUUAAUGUCUUAAGGCGACUUUUCAGUGAAUUUGUUUAAUUGCUUACACCCAUAAAAUAAAAUGGAAAGAAUAAAAGGGCGUGGGGGGCUGUAAAAUAUACUCUCCAAUGUAUUUAUCUGUGGAACUUGUACUUGACCCCCUACCCCUCCCUUCCUCGUUUGUGUUCGUUUGCUCCGUGACUAUGUGCUGACUCCACUCAUUUAUAUUUGCUAUUGAAAUGUGAUUUCAAUGUUUUAGGUUUUUUUUCAGGAUUGUUUUGGACUCAUGCUUCCAUUUUUUAUUUCCAUCACAAAAGCCAUUGUCUAUUUUUGUAUUAUUUGUAACUUAAGAACAAAUUUUUUUUUUUAAUAUUUUGUUUUGCUGAGCGGGCGCCGGGACACUCGUGUCUGUCUGAAGCGUGUGGGCGCGAGUGUGUGUGUGUGUGUGCGCGUGCUCGUGCGCACGACCUCUAUUAUGCAUGGGCUCUCUCUCUCUCUUCCUGCCGGGUUAAAUGGAUGCACUGAAAGUCGGAGGGAAUGCGUCUGGAAAGUCUUUUGUUUUUAAUGCCUGCUUGUAAUUUUCCUUUUUCCCCACCUUCACCCAACUCUGAACCAGCAACUCGGAUGCCUUAACAAUGCAAUUCAUGUGCAUUCGGUCACCUGCAUCACCAUCUAAUGUCAAAAGCACAAGUGGACUAGCGUCUUGGGGGAGGGGCGUGGGGGUGACCUGUCGGUGAGAUGGUCGUGCCACCUUCAAAUCCGAGACACCCCUUGCUGCUCUCUACUGCCCACGUCGACUUGGACCCGACCUUUCCUUCCGCUCGGACUCAGUAGUUAGGCCCAGUAUGCCAGUCAAUGCCAAUGGGACAUUGUGUUAAUGGGCGCUGCUUCUAGGUACCUGUCUGUAAAUGUCACUCUCCACUUUCGGGCUGGCAGCAGAAACAUGGCUCCACCCGAGAAGCAGCGCUGGUCUCCCCUGAACCCUCACUGAACAGGUCUGUUGUUAGGAUAAACAGAGACUACUGUCUAGAUUGUUUUUGAAAACUUUGAUCUGUAAAAUAACUUUUCAACUUUCACAAUAUUUAAUUAAAUUUCCUUCUUGUCUGUG